AUCUAAACACGCAGAUCAUUCCUUCUUUCUGGCGUUUUCUGCGCGUUUUUCUAUUUUCUCGUCUCAACAUGCCCCAACCCUGCUUCGAUCGUCUGGCCCACACGAGCAAUGUUUUCGAGGAUCGGCGCAGUCAACGAGGAGCCUGACGCGAUCACUGCUCGUUUCUCCGCGGGACGAGGGUCACUUCUUCGUGGAACGACGGUCUUUUCUUCGUGGCUCGUUAGUCCUUUAUCCGUGGGACAAGUGUCGUUUUGGCGCGGGGUGGAGUGCGGCGAGGAAUGAGACCACUCCCAAGCGCACCGUUUGGCAGCAGCAGAGGUGGAGUCCUGUCGGCCAUUUUUUGUACUAGCCAGUUUUUUUGUAGUCCGACAAGCCCGCUCCAAUGGCUCGCCGAAAUGCACCCUGCCCUGCAAUCAAUAAAUAAUAACUCACAAAUGGCACAGCGGACUCCGACUUCCGGCGAAUCCCCCUUUGACACGAACGCUCGCUCAUUCUUACUCAGCACGAUUUUGCCCUACGAACCUCGAUUCACCAGUCAUUUCGAUAUCGAAGGCUUAUUAUGUUCAGUCUUCUAGGGGAGCUCUGUAGCG